AUGUCACUACAAGUAAUAGAUAAUAAUGAUUUUCAACAUAUAUUAAGAAUUUUAAAUACAAAUGUAGAUGGUAAAGAAAAAGUAAUUAUUGCCUUAACAGCUAUUAAAGGUAUUGGAAAGAGAAUGGCAACUGUUAUAUGUAAACAAGCAAAUGUUGACCCCACUAAAAGAGCAGGAGAAUUAACUACUGAAGAAAUAGAUAAUAUCGUACAUAUUAUGAGUACUCCUACCCAAUUUAAAAUCCCUGAUUGGUUUUUAAACAGGAGAAAGGAUUUGAAAGAAGGAAAAAAUAUUCAUGUUAUUGCUAACCAACUUGAUUCUUACUUACGUGAAGAUUUAGAAAGAAUGAAGAAAAUUAGAUUACACAGAGGUUUACGUCAUCACUGGGGAUUAAGAGUUCGUGGACAACACACCAAAACUACUGGUAGAAGAGGAAGAACUGUUGGUGUUGCCAAAAAGAAAGGAGCAUAA